CAAACCCCCCACCAUCUCGGAAAUUUCUGCGGUCUUCACGGCCAUUGGUUCCCGGCGUGGAGUUUUCGCCGGGAGGACGAGAACAAAACUCCAUCUAUCAUCAUCGUUAUUUUUAUUUUGCUCAUGCCGUCACGUGGUUGCGAUGUGACCCACAUCACAAUCCGACAUCCACCAGGUUGUUCUGAGAAAUUUCCCUCUCGGUCCCGGAGAGAGUCGCGGCUAUAAAAGUCAUCAUCGAGAACCGAAACACGCAAGGAUCAGAGCAGAGGCCACGAGGGAAGAACAACCCUAACCCAACUAAAAAUUAACAUGGUUUAUCACUCCCUUUCGCGGGCGUGAAGGAGGAGGAGAGAAGAAACAGUAGAUGGAGUCAAUCUCCUCCGCCGCCUCUUCCUCUCGCCGUCCUGCCAGCUUCUUCACCCAAGCCAAUGCUCUCCUUCGCAAGAAUCUCACCUUCCAGAAACGGAACCUGAAGACCAACAUCGGGAUCGUCGCGUUCCCCAUCUUUAUCUGCGUCCUGAUCGUCCUCAUUCAGCAAGUGAUCAACAACGAGCUGAACAAGGAUAAGUUCCAAUGCGGGUGCCAGGGAGGCGACUGCGGCCUCCAGUACUCGACGCUGGAUCAGGUCGACACUUGCCCCAUUUCAAGCCCUCCUGAGUGGUCCGCUCUCAUCCAAGUUCCUCGCCCCCAGUAUCGCGCCGUCAGAACUGACUUUUCUCAAUCUGCCGACUUGCCCGAUGAGUCCUGCAGAGCUUCCCAGUCCUGUCCCGCGGCAGUGCUCCUCACUGGCGGUAACCGAUCCCUCGCGCAAAGUCUAGCGCAGAGUCUGUUUCUAAGCUCUUCCUCUGCGUUGAAUUUCUCGGAUUAUCCCAGUAGUUUGUCGAAUGUCAUCCUCGGGACGGAUACACCUACCGAGAACACACAAUUCAUUGAACCAGCUUUUGUCUCUGACAGGCCCUUUUAUGUAGUCCAACCGCAAUGCACAACAAACGCAACAAGUCCAAUUUCGUUUAAAAACGCCAACAUAUCGAUUGAGCUAGGGUUAGAGUGUGUUCAAGGUUUGACUUUGUGGCGCGAUAAUUCAUCAUUGAUAAAUGAUGAGUUGUUUAAGGGUUAUCGACAGGGAAAUUCAGAGAGGAAGGCAAAUGAGUUCAUUGCAGCCUAUGACUUCUUGAAUUCUGACGAGAAUGGUUUCAAUUUAAACAUUUGGUACAACUCAACCUAUAAUAAUGACACUGGUUUUGUUGAAGUUGCAUUGGUUCGUGUUCCUCGCACAGUGAAUGCGGCCUCCAAUGCCUACCUGAAGUUUCGAAAAGGUGCUGGUGCAAUGGUAAUGUUUGAUUUUGUUAAAGAAAUGCCAAAAACGGGAACAGACCGGAGGUUUGACUUUUCUUCUCUUCUUGGUCCAUUAUUCUUCACGUGGAUCAUUGAGCUACUCUUCCCAGUUAUUCUCACAUAUGUUGUCUAUGAGAGGCAACAAAAGUUAAGAAUCAUGAUGAAAAUGCAUGGGCUAAAGGAUGGACCUUACUGGUUCAUAUCGUACAUUUAUUUUUUCUCUCUAUCAUCAGUCUACAUGAUAUGUUUUGUGAUAUUUGGCUCUAUAAUAGGGCUAAAAUUUUUCAGAUUGAAUGACUACAGCAUACAAGUUGUGUUCUAUUUCAUUUACAUAAACUUGCAGAUAGCACUGGCCUUUCUUAUAGCACCUUUCUUUUCUGCUGUGAAAACUGCCACAGUGUUUGGUUACAAUUAUGUAUUCGGUUCUGGCUUAUUGGGAGAGUUCCUCUUGCGUUUUUUUAUUGAAGAUACCAGCUUCCCAAGAGGUUGGAUUCUAGUCAUGGAGCUUGUUCCUGGAUUUUCCUUGUAUCGUGGGCUAUUUGAGUUUUCACAGUAUUCUUUUAGUGGAGAUUCUAUGGGGACUUCUGGUAUGAAGUGGGGAGAUUUAGAUGAUAGUCAAAAUGGGAUGAAAGCUGUGUUGAUUAUAAUGUUUGUUGAGUGGCUAGUUCUGCUUGUAGUUGCAUUCUACUUGGAUCAGUUAAUAGGAGGUGGAAUCAGGAAGGAUCCUUUUUUUUUUCUACGCUAUUUCCAGAAGAAGUCUUCAGUAUCCCAAAGAAAGCCUAGUUUUCAGAGACAAGGAUCCAAAGUUUUUGUUGAAAUGGAGAGACCUGAUGUUUCUCAAGAAAGAGAAGUUGUGGAGCAACUGCUACUGGAAUCCAGUUUUAGUCAUGCAGUCAUUUCUGAUAAUCUCAAAAAAGUCUACCCUGGACGGGAUGGAAAUCCAGACAAACUUGCAGUUCGAGGGCUGUCUCUUGCUUUACCUAAUGGUGAAUGUUUUGGCAUGCUUGGCCCUAAUGGUGCUGGAAAAACUACCUUUAUCAAUAUGAUGAUUGGGCUUAUUACACCGACCUCCGGCACUGCUUAUGUUCAGGGAGUGGACAUAAGGACCAAUAUGGACGAAAUUUACACAAGCAUGGGUGUAUGCCCACAGCAUGACUUGCUUUGGGAGACAUUAACUGGCAGAGAACAUCUAUUAUUUUAUGGUCGACUGAAAAACCUUAAAGGUGCUGCAUUGCUGCAGGCAGUUGAUGAAUCUUUGAAGAGUGUAAAUUUGUUUUAUGGUGGUGUUGGAGAUAAACAAGCUGGAAAAUAUAGCGGUGGAAUGAAAAGGAGGCUGAGUGUCGCAAUUUCACUGAUUGGUGAUCCUAAGGUCGUGUACAUGGAUGAACCAAGCACAGGACUAGACCCAGCAUCAAGAAACAACUUAUGGAAUGUUGUGAAGAAUGCAAAAAGAGACCGGGCAAUUAUACUCACAACACACUCCAUGGAGGAAGCCGAGGUAUUGUGUGAUCGUCUGGGCAUCUUUGUUGAUGGAGGUUUCCAGUGCAUAGGAAAUCCAAAGGAGCUCAAGGCUAGGUACGGUGGAUCGUAUGUCUUCACAAUGACCACAUCUGUAAACGAGGAAGAGGAGGUUGAAAGCUUAGUUCGGCAGCUAUCUCCAAGUGCAAACAAGAUAUAUCAUAUUUCUGGGACCCAAAAAUUCGAGUUGCCCAAGCAGGAGGUCAGAAUUGCUGAUGUCUUCCGAGCAGUCGAGAUCGCAAAGAGUAAAUUCACGAUUCACGCAUGGGGUCUGGCUGACACCACAUUGGAAGAUGUCUUCAUCAAAGUUGCCAAAGGCGCACAAUCGUUGAAUGUGCUUUCGUGAUUCUCGCUGCAGCUGCCAUCUAUAUCACCUUGCUCGAUAAUUUUGUAUUCCGACUUCCUUAACGAAUUCUUGCUGCUAAGUUAUUUUACCUUUAUGCUUUGAUCAUUCUAUGAUCCAUAUGUAGAUAGAUAGCAUACGAAUUCAUGGAAUGUGGAUUAAUAUUUGUGGUUGAUUAUGAAAUACUCAGAAGUAGAAUAAGUUUUCAUCGUC